AAGAAGGAGAGAAAGAGGGAGGGAAAAGAGGAAGAGAGAGAGAGGAGGGAGGGGAAGCAAAGGAGUGUGAAGAGCAGAGAGGAGUAAAGACUCUAACUUUUGACUUGACAAAAGAGGGCAGGUCCCAGAAACAGGACGAUGAAGGCUGGCGUUGGAGUUGUCUCCUCAUUGCUCCUGUUCCUCUUGAUGGGAGCAGUUUUUGCCCAGAGAGUUCGUCCAAGAAAGCCAUCCAAAGGUCCACCUCCAACGAAGAAACCUUUUGUUCCCAAGCGUGUGAUUCCAGCCGAGCCUGAACCCCAGGAGCCCACUGAUUACCCCCCACCCAUCCUCGGCCCUCCGUCCCCCUACUCUGACUGCCCUCGGGAGUGUUUGUGCCAUCCUAGCUACCCAAAUUCUCUAUACUGUGAGAACCGAAACCUCCGUGUGGUCCCUGUCAUCCCAUUCAGAACUCAUUACCUGUACCUACAGAACAACUACAUCUCUGAACUCACUGCAGAGGCUUUCAACAAUGCCACAGAGCUCCGCUGGAUCAAUCUGGCAAACAACCAUAUUCAGAAAAUAGACAAACAGGUCUUUAAGAAGAUCCCAGGUCUGCUGUAUUUCUAUGCACAAAGAAACAAGCUAAAUGAAGUCCCAUCAGGCCUCCCAUCAAGUCUGGAACAACUUCGCCUGGACAGGAAUCGCAUUUCUAAGAUCCCUGCAGGGGCCUUCAGCAAGCUGCACAACCUGACCCUGCUCGACCUGCACUACAACCAGUUAAGCGACAGCGAUCUGGGAAAGAACACACUGAAGGACCUGCAGAGCCUCAUGCAGCUCAACCUGGCUCACAACACUCUGAGGAAGAUGCCCGCCGGCAUCCCUCACAGCCUCCAUCAGCUGUUCCUGGACAAGAACAGAAUAGAUGAUAUACCAGAGGACUACUUCAAAGGCUUCACCCAUCUGGCAUUUGUGAGGCUAAACUACAACCAGCUGAGUGAUAAAGGGGUUCCCAAAGCUGUGUUCAACAUGAGCAGCCUGCUGGACCUGCAGCUGGCUCACAACCAGCUGACAGUGGUCCCUCUCUUCAAUAAUCGCCUAGAGCACCUGCAUCUCAACCACAACAGCAUUGAGAGCAUCAACGGCACUGAGAUCUGCCCAUUUAGCAUGUCGACCGACCACAACGACGACAGUCUGGUGCCCCGACUAAGGUACCUGCGUCUGGAUGGGAACCAUUUGCACCCCCCUAUCCCCAUGGAUGUCAUCAUGUGUUUCAGACACCUUCACUCAAUAGUCAUUUAGGCUGUUGGCAAGCUUUCUCAAACAAAAAAACAAACAAACAAACGAACGACAGUGGUUCGCGAAGGGGAAUCGAGAUAAAAACACGCUCAGCGAGGUACAAAGUUUCAGGCUUGAAUGAGCUGUGCAGCUGCAUUACUGGAAUAGGAACUCUGCUCAGCUGCAAAGCUUCAAGUUAAGUAUUUAAAUGACCAAAAAAAAAAAAAGGUGUCAAUGCUGCCAGGAUCCAGGCAGUGGACUGCAAACUGGCAGGAUUAAGAUUAUAGCAACAUUUAGCUUAUGGUUUGCAUGGGAGGUUUUAGUGUAUCUUUAAGAAAAAAAAAAUCAAAGAGCAAAAUCUCUCUGCAGGUUUAUUAAAAGACAUACACGUUUAUCAAAAAUCUGAAUGAAUUCAGUCAUUCUUAUGCUUUUAAUUCCGGUGAAUUGAAACUGGUGUUAAAAAAAAAUCAUCACAUACAGACUGAUUUGCUGGAAGCAUUUAUCUCUGAUUACUUUUAGGUUUAUGAAAAUUGGAGCACUACAUACUAUUAGGCAAAUGAAACACAUUAUUUAAUGAAUGAAACUAAUUGAUCCAUACAGAAUGUUGAUUCGAACGAAUUUGGAUGAUUAUACAGUAGUUACAGAUAAUGAAAAUCCCAGAUUCACCGCUAAGCAUACCACAAAAAAAUGAGUAAAAACUAAAUAUUUUAGACAGAUAUCUAAGUCCUCGGAUUGUAUUUAUUCCUUAGUUCUGGAUGGACCUGUGUUAAAUAAGUUACUGCAGCAGUGCAACGUAGCAUGGAGAAGAUCAGCCUUUAGCUCCACUGAGGUGCUCUUUUAUAAAACAUAUGGCUCCAUGAAGCAGUGAUAGUGGGAAUGUUGGUGCCUCUCAAUUCAUUUCUCAGACCAUGAGACAUUCAUUUCAAAUAAAUUGCAAAGUAUCCUUGCUUCUGAAAUAGAAUCAAGGGUAGAGCUAGAAGGGGUCCAGAGGGGCCACAACCCCCCCUAAGUCAAUCAAUGGCCACUCCUUGUGGGUUGUAAUUCACCACCUCAGGAGCACGCAGUCAGUUCAUUGUGAUCACUCUGAACUUAUUUUUUGCACCGUUUUUGGCCACUCCUCAGUGCCUGGACAUUCCAUGAACUUUUCUAGAACUGCCACUGAAGAGAACUGAACGAACUGCACAUUCAAAGCAGCGUUCCAGUACUUUUUUUUUUCAGGUUUUAGCGCAUCAU